AAACAUACUUCCACUACAUGUACAAUUAAUAUUUGAAUUGUACAGUAAGUCUUACUGUUGCUGGCAGAUCCUGACACCACUUCCUCUAAAUCCUUUUCCAGAAUAUUCUGUUGAAUAUUUUAGGCAAGUUCGUGCAAGAUGCUUUGCAGUACAUAAUUUAUUUAAUCCUGAAAUCACUUUUACUUACCCUUUCCCUGGCAUAAUGUGUAAUAAUGUCUGGUCAACCGAGCGAAGGGCUUAAGAUCCAAAAUGGGGAUUAGGACGGAUUAGGUCAUGAAAUAUUUUGGCACAAAUAUUUACAGGGGAGACAAGCGGCACUUGACCUGUUUUGACCUGGCCACAGGUAUAUCAUUGCCAACAGGUAACCGAUCGAAGGUUUAGAUAGAUAUAUAAGAACCGCUUUUGCGUUGCGAGGAUAUCACUCUUCGUCGAGAAGUCAAGACGUUACUUUCACCCAGCAGAUACCAUCUCUAACCACAAGCCAACCAUGGAGCACGAAAAGAUGCUGAAGCCCACUGUCACCUAUCAUCUGUUCCUGUACCGCGUCGAGUUGGCCCGUCGGAAUGCCCGGCAGCUGCGGCUUUCCCGCACCAAAAUCGAGAUCACGGACGAGCUCAUCUCGAAUACGGUGCGCAAUCUGAAGACGUGCAGCAUGGACGACCUGAAGGCGGUCAACCGGGAGCUUCUGUUCAAGCGGAAACUGCGGAGCAACGUGUCCAAGCUGAAAAAGGAGGCCAAGCGGCAGCAGCGCCAAGAGAACGAAGACAACUCACCCAAACAGGAUUAGUGUCGAUUCAAUCAGAGCGGAUUGAUUUAUUGUAUAUAGCCUGUGUAAAUAAAUACUUUUGAUAAGACUUUUGCAUUGAAAA